UCCCUUUCUGUUCUUAUAAAUAAAACCCCAAACCUUCACUGUUUCAUUCCCAAACCUUACUUAACCCCCAAAACAAUUCAUAAGACAUGGCUGAGGAGUUCACGGAAUCCGAGGUUGUUUUCUCAGACCACAGCCUCCGCCAAGGAGUCAAGGUGGCGCUGCCCCCGCCGCAGAGGAUCACAAUUUCAAAGCCUGUGAAUAUACCCGAUAGAAUGGUUCGGCGGUGGGAUUCCAUUGAGGAGGAAGAGUUGGAGGAAAUGAGGCCGCCGCAUGAGAUCGUUCGCCAGAGGGUGGCUGGGAAAAUGGCAUUCUCGGUCUGCACCGGGAACGGGAGGACUUUGAAGGGAAGAGAUUUGAGUCAGGUCAGAAAUUCGAUCCUCAGGUUGACUGGGUUUCUGGAAGCCUGACAUUAGAAGAAGCUGGAGAAAUUGAAAGCAAAAACAAUUGCUUUGUUAUUGAUUGGUUGAUUAAUUGGGUUAGCUUGAGAUCUUUUUUGGAAUCUCCUUAAUUGUUUGUAACAGGAAAACAUUUGAAUUUAGAAAUAAAAUAAAUUGAUUCACAGAUUUUAAUUAUGCUUUAUUAUUUAA